GGCUGACAGAAAGCCUCAGCUCAGGUGGGAGGGGUGACACCAGACAAUUGGCAUUUUAUGGCAACCCUACUUCCUCGUUGCAUGUCAUUACAAGCGCAUGGUGGACGAAGUGGCCAACUCGUGUAUGAACACACAAAGGAGCGACCAGGACGCAGCUGAAGCGGUCUAACAUCUUGAGGAUGGCUCUGGCCAACAACUCGGACUCCGCGGAUCCGGAUGGACACGGAGAGACUUUCCUCCUGCGCGCCGUCAGGAUAGCGGCUGUGGUUGCGCUUUAUUGGUUCAUCUCCAUAACCAUGGUCUUCCUCAACAAUUACCUCCUGGAUAACCGUGAGCUGGACGCGCCUUUGUUUGUGACUUUCUACCAGUGCGUGGUGACCGUGGGGCUGUGCUGGCUCCUGCAGUCCCUGUCCUCCUUCUGCCCGGGGCUCAUCAGCUUCCCGGAGCUCCGCUUUGACCUGAAGGUGUGCCGGGAGGUGCUGCCGCUGUCGGUGGUCUUCAUCGGCAUGAUCACCUUCAACAACCUGUGUCUCAAACACGUGGGAGUCGCUUUCUACACGGUGGGCCGCUCCCUCAGCACCGUCUUCAAUGUGCUGCUGUCGUACGUGGUGCUGAAGCAGGGCACCUCUUUCAAAGCCAUUCUCUGCUGUGGAGUCAUCCUAGGUGGAUUCUGGCUCGGCGUGGACCAGGAGGGCGUGGCCGGCUCCCUGUCCUGGACGGGCGUGUGUUUCGGGGUGCUGGCCAGCGCCUGCGUCUCGCUCAACGCCAUCUACACCAAGAAAGUGAUGCCGGCGGUGGACGACAACAUCUGGAAGCUGUCCUUCUACAACAACGUCAACGCCUGCGUCCUCUUCGUCCCGCUCAUCAUUGUGUUUGGCGAGCUGGGCCACGUGGCCAGCUUCAGCCUCCUCACUGACCUCAAGUUCUGGGGCAUGAUGACUCUCGGGGGAGUGUUUGGGUUCGCCAUCGGCUACGUCACGGGCCUCCAGAUUAAAUACACCAGCCCCCUCACACACAACGUGUCAGGGACGGCGAAGGCCUGCGCGCAGACUGUCAUCGCUGUGGUGUAUAACUCGUCCAGCAAGAGCCUGCUGUGGUGGACCAGUAACAUGAUGGUGCUGGGCGGCUCAUCGGCCUACACUUGGGUCAGAGGUCAGGAAAUGAAGAGGGUUUCCCCGAAAAUCCCUCAGGAUUCAGCCAAGGAGAAACUGCUGCCAGCUGAGAAGAGCAACAUGGCGGUGUAAAACCAGCAAACUGGAUUACCUGAUGAGGAGUCUGUGGCCUUCCCUUUGUAUGGGAAUGUAAAAUAAUGCAGCAUUUGACUGAUUACUGGUACAUACCAUGGAUUCAGCUGCACAGUUGUGUGGCUACAUGUUGGUUGGGUUGAGAAGUUGGGAGGUAUUAUGGUAAAGGUUUUUGAUGGGUUUUUAGUCUCUUUUAUUUAAAGAUAUUUACACUUAUUAUGGGCCUUUUAGAAUUAUUUUGAAAAUAACCAAGCUAUAUGAUUUGUUUCCUAUUGUCAGGACUCAGAGUUAGGGGAAAAAAGUACUUUUUAUUCACAGGAAGGGCAUAAUCAUAUUUAUUUGUAUCAAUGGCAUUAGUGUAAUGCGGGAACGAAGGAACUUUUAGAUGCCUUUUGAAUUAAUUAUGUUAUUUUUUUAUCAGAAGGAAUAUCCAACAUAACAGUUGAAAUCAUGUUCGUCUCUGUCAAUGUGCUAUUAAAGGUUUUUAGGGUAGCAGAACAAUGUGCUGUUUCUCAAAUGUGAAGGAAGCUAAGAUUGCAGGAUAUCCACUGAAUAAAAGGCUUGAGGGAAUCCGAGGCAUCAUGUCAUUGUGUUGCUGACAUUUACACCACAGUUUGCCUUUUUAUCCCACUUAGCCUAAAUAUUGUCACGAUUUCAAAAUGCUGCAGCCAUGAUCUUGCAGAGUAUUUUUUUAAUGUAUUUGUACAUUAUGUUUCUGAGUCCAAGCCGGGGUUUAAGAUAGGCCUUGGUUUUAGAUAUAUGCAAUUAUAUUUGCAUUAAAAAAAAAAAACACAAAAAGAGUGGGAGCGAGGGGUGAGGUAAAGAAAUUGGACUCCAGGAAAGACGUAAGAAGCAGC